AAUAGUCAUAUAUGAAUGAGCUGCUAUUAUCUGCCACAAAGCAUAGAGAUGCUAUCAUCAACCAUUUCUUCCCUAAAAUUUCCACCAAGAACCCAACUUUCCUCACCAAAUCCUUCAAUUUUCCCUCAAAAAUACAAUCUUGUACCUUUCCUUACUGAAAACAUGACUUCUACUCCAUUUAACUUGAGGGUUAAUUCACCGAUGGCAAUUGACAGUAAAAAUGCUUCAGCAGAUUCUAUAAACAGUGGGUUUUGUACACUGAUGGAGUACAUGGGUAAAGGAGGGGUUGAUGUGGGUGAUGAUUUGGUAGUGUUGUUUGGUCACUUAGAAUAUGCCUGCAAGAAAAUUGCAGCUCUUGUUGCUUCUCCUUUUAAUUCUAGCCUUACCAAGAAUGUUGGUGUUGGAAAUAUUGGGAGUGAUUCUGAUAGAGAUAAGCCUAAGCCUCUUGAUAUUGUCUCGAAUGAGAUUAUAUUGUCGUCUCUUAGAAAUUCGGGAAAAGUUGCUGUAAUGGCUUCAGAAGAAGAUGAGGGUCCUGUGUGGAUAACUGAUGAUGGCCCAUUUGUGGUAGUCAUGGAUCCUUUAGAUGGUUCCAGAAAUAUUGAUGCCUCAAUACCUACAGGGACGAUAUUUGGGAUUUACAAACGUCUUGUGGAGAUUGAUCAUCUGCCAGUGGAGGAAAAGGCUUUGGUAAACUGCCUUCAGAGCGGAGCAAAGCUUGUUGCUGCAGCUUAUGUUCUCUAUUCGUCAGCCACAAUACUCUGUGCCAGUUUUGGUUCUGGAACGCAUGCAUUUACAUUGGAUCAUACAACCGGAGAUUUCCUCAUGACACAUCCUAACAUAAGCAUUCCUCCUCGAGGGCAAAUUUAUUCAGUUAAUGAUGCUCGGUAUUUCGACUGGCCUGAAGGUUUAAGACAGUAUAUUGACACCAUAAGACAAGGGAAGGGGAAGCAUCCUAAGAAGUAUUCAGCCCGAUAUAUAUGUUCUCUUGUGGCUGAUUUUCAUCGGACUCUUUUAUAUGGUGGGGUGGCAAUGAAUCCAAGGGACCACCUUCGUCUUGUUUAUGAAGCAAAUCCCCUGAGUUUCUUAGUUGAAAAGGCUGGAGGUAGUGGUUCAGAUGGUAAACACAGAAUUUUAUCUAUUCAGCCUGUCAAGCUACACCAAAGACUUCCUCUGUUUUUGGGUAGUCCAGAGGAUAUAGAAGAAUUACAGAGCUAUGGGAAUGUUCAGCAGAAAGUAAACCCUGGUUACGAUGUUUAAUGCCUUGGUCCUCUUUUACGCAUUUCGGACUUAUCCUUAGAUUUUUCAGCUCAUCUCUCCUUUACAUGUAAAGUUUUACCUGAGGCAGUUCAUAGCUUAGUAAAUAUGCUGUUCACUAGAGUAAACGUGUGAUUUCGUUAACUAGUCUUGGCAGUUGUCAUGAUGAACUUCAUGUAUCUUUUGGAGCACCUUAAACUUUUCAAGAAGUUUACUGUAAAUUUUGUUUUAAUUAA